AUUUGCUUACAAUUGAAUCACUAUAUGUUUGACGUAAUUAAUAGGCGUUUCGUAUUUGAGUGAUAGAGUGAUAGCCUAUAGGAUAGGAAUCAGUGUUAAAAGUGAAGAGAAUCGCCGGUUGUCUCACAUCUGAUCCAAAGAGAGUCUUAAGACAACACAAAUGUCUAUUCAAUUGAAUCGCAAUUCAAUUGUUGUCAUCGUUUUGUUGUUUGCGUUCACUUUCGGCAAGUGUUUGGCCAACGAUGACAUCGAGGGAGAUGUGGAUGGAGUGGUCGAUGGGGUAACAGUGGUUCCGGACUUGGGAUCAGGUCGGGAGGGCUCGCGUACUGACGAUGAAGUGGUGGUGAGGGAAGAGGAGGCCAUCAAAUUGGACGGCAUAUCAGUGUCUCAAUUGAAACAAUUGCGAGAAUCGGCCGAAAAGUUUGCAUUUCAGGCCGAAGUGAACCGAAUGAUGAAAUUGAUUAUCAAUUCGUUGUAUCGAAACAAAGAGAUCUUCUUAAGAGAACUCAUUUCUAACGCUUCCGACGCUUUGGACAAAAUCAGACUUUUGUCGCUCACAGACUCCUCUGCAUUGGAUUCAACUCCAGAGCUAACCAUCAGAAUAAAGGCCGACAAAGACAACAAUAUGCUUCAUAUCACAGACACAGGCAUUGGAAUGACUAAACGGGAUCUGAUCAACAAUUUGGGAACCAUUGCAAAGUCAGGCACUUCUGAAUUCCUGCAAAAAAUGGGAGACAUUAAUGAAAUGACGGAAAUGAAUGACUUGAUCGGACAGUUUGGUGUCGGUUUCUAUUCGGCGUUUUUAGUGGCGGACAAAGUGGUGGUCACCUCUAAGAACAAUGACGAUCCCAUCCAACAUAUCUGGGAAUCAGAUUCGGCACAAUUCACAGUCGUUGAGGACCCCCGAGGAGACACUCUUAAGAGAGGAUCACAAAUAUCAUUGGCAUUGAAAGAAGAGGCCAAAGAUUUCUUACAAGAAGACACACUCAAGAAUUUGAUCCGCAAAUACAGUCAAUUCAUUAACUUUAAGAUCUACUUGUGGUCGAGUAAAACAGAGACCGUUGAAGAGCCCAUCGAUGAUGACAGCGAUUCCAACACUCAAGACGUUAAGAGCGAAGAGAGUGUCGACGAAGAGGCGAAAGUAGAGGACGAGAAGGAAGAAAAGAAGGCCAAGACUAGAAAAGUGGAGAAAACGAUAUGGGAUUGGGAUUUAAUCAAUAGCUCGAAACCCAUUUGGACGCGAAAACCACACGAAAUUACAGACGAGGAAUACAAUGAGUUUUAUAAAUCCAUUACUAAAGACUCAUCGGAACCGCUCUCCAAAACUCACUUCAUAGCUGAAGGAGAGGUGACAUUCAAGUCAUUGCUUUUCGUCCCCAAAACACAACAAUCCGAUACUUUCAACAAAUAUGGCACUAAAACAGAUAAUAUCAAGCUUUAUGUGCGCCGAGUGUUCAUUACCGAUGAUUUCCAGGACAUUGUUCCCAAUUAUCUGAACUUCAUUAGAGGAGUGGUAGACAGCGAUGAUCUGCCCCUCAAUGUGUCGCGAGAGACACUACAACAGCACAAACUGCUGAAAGUCAUUCGAAAGAAAUUGUCUCAGGACUCGAUGCGUGACUUUUAUUUAAGCCAAAAGAAAACGCUUGAAGUGAAUCCAAGACAUCCACUCAUUAGAGAGCUCUCACGAAGAAUAGAAGAAAACAAAGACGACACGAUAGCUAAGAAUAUGGCUCUUCUAAUGUACGAAACGGCAACUCUGAGGUCAGGUUUCAUGCUUUCCGAUACCUCUUCCUUCGCACAGAGAGUGGAAACACUUCUGAGGAAAACGCUGGGCGUUGACGAGUCAGCACAGGUUGAAGAGGAAGAGGAUGACGACGAGGACACACACACUGCUAAAGCGAGUGACGCGAGCGAGAGUUUAAACGCCGAGGAGGAGGAGGAAAAGCCUGAAUAUGGAGACCACGAAGAACUGUAA